AAAAUUAACUAUUCGAAACAGUGCUACUAGUGUUAUUAACGAUACUAAUACUAUUCGGGCUAGUUUCAAGAUUCCAACUAUACGUCCUCAGCACAGUCUUACGAAGUUGGAAAAAUUUUAUGCCGAAUAUAUAAAAGUGAAGACACAUCACAAGAGGGAAAAAAAAUCGAAAGCACAAAAACAGAAUGUUGAAAAGUUUAACCAAAAACUAGAUAAAUUGUUCGAUAUUUCGAAUUCCACAAUGGUUAAGAAUUUGCCAAAAGAGCAGCAACAAUUUCUGAAUGAGUGUCAAAAGGGGAAAACCAAUCUUCACUCGCCCGUUACUAAUUUCUUGCCGGUGGAAACUUUUCAGAAUAAAUCUGACACUGAACAGGAGAUAACAAAUGAAGAUAAUGAGAAUAAUACAGACGAAAUUGGCAUGAAAUUAUCGCAACAUUCGAUGCCAGCAAGUUUUUGUAGUCUAUCAUCAAAUUCCAGUGGGUUGAAACGAACAUAUUCUGAUUUUGAGGAUGAACUCCCUGUACCUCCUAAAAAGAAAAAAAUCAAUAUUUUUUAAGAUUUGAUUCAACAUUUUGUGGAAAUUCAAUGCUAGGUAAACUUCAAUGAUUAAUAUCUCAGAAAAUAUCGAUCUUAGUGAUUUGGUGCUAAGGACCUUUUUUGUAGAGAAUUGAAUUUCCUACAAAAUUAUCAUUUACAUUUUUUCUGUAUGUCUUGUUGUUUAUGAGAUAAUGAGUGAAAAAACAAGAAUUCUAUAAAAAAUUCGGUUUGGCGGUCCGUACUACCCCGCCAGUAUGUGUUACGACUUCGCGACAGUGGACACUUUUGUAGAGCAUUUAAUUCUGAAAAAAAC